CAGAACCUUCAGAAAUGUACUGCCACAGUCAGCGGUACUGGGGUCUGGGUUACGGGGGUCUAAAUUGUGUGUGUAAAGCAUGUCUGUGGGCAGAGCCGCCACAGACUUACGCCUACCCUCACAGCUCUGGCUUUUCUCCCACCGACGCGCCUAGUGUGCACCGAUUAAAGGGCUGUCGAUAAUAAACUUCGAAUAAGAGAUUAAAUAAGUCAAACCGUCAAGGCAUGACGCCAGCUAUGUACCGAAAAACGGUGCUUUUUUCGGCGGCUCCUGGUGCCAUUUUGAUGAAGUCACGAAGGAAACAGAUUCGUUUUCCAUGCGAAAAUACGCCACAGAAAUGAAUACCUCUACUUAGAUCUUUUCUCUUUUGUCGUGAUUUUUGUUUCAUUCGACGCCUUAGUUGGUUGUGAAAGUGCAACGGAUCCCCAUGGGGCAGCAAGACGGACAAACAGAAAAUAUUACAGAGUAAUUGCACCCGCAGUUUCGGCUUUGAUCGCAGACGCUGCAAUCCGUUUUGACAACGAAGACCCAGAGCAACUGGGUUAAACCGAAUCCCACAUUCAUUGCUGUGUUUCGAACGACCAGUGAAUAUAAAGCGGGAAAAUGCUGUUGGCGUCCGCAGUGGUGGUGUGGGAAUGGUUAAACGAACACGGGCGCUGGCGACCCUACAGCCCCGCCGUGUGCCACCACAUCGAAGCGGUGAUGCGGAGCGACCCUCGCACCGGCAGCGUCGUCUUGGGCCAAGUGGACACCCGCCUCUCGCCUUACAUCAUAGAUCUCCACUCCAUGCACCAGUUCAGGCAAGACACAGGCACCCUGCGCCCCGUGCGCCGCAGCUUCUAUGACCCCGCCUCUGCUCCAGGCCAGGGCUGGCUCUGGGAGUGGGAGAACGACUCGGGCUCCUGGACGGCCUACGACACGGAGGUGGGCAUCGCCAUCCAGGCGGCGCGGGACCGCCAGCAGCCCUGGCUUGACUUGGCGCCACUCGGCUUCUGUUACCUCAUCGACUUCCAGAGCAUGACCCAGAUCAACCGGCAGACGAACCGGCGACGGCGCAUCCAGAGGCGCUCGGACUUGGCCUACCCGUUGGUGUCCGGGCCGUUACCCAAGGCCUGGGGGGCAAGCUCCCCUGGGGGCGGUGCCUCAGCCGGCGGGCUUGUCAGCGUGGGAGCGACGGCAGUGAGUGGGAGCGGCGGGGCAGCCUUCGCUGGUGGCUCCCUGUCCGUGUCGUCCCUCAGCAGCCUGAGCCAGCCCUGUGCCUGCCCGCAGUGCAUGCUGGUCCUAAGCGUCAAGGCCAGCGCCAUGGCACAUACGCUGGGCCGGCGACCAGCGCAGACAAAGCCCCCGAGCCCUAAACUGACCCUGGGGGGACGCUUGUCUACCUCCUCGGCCUCCCCCAACUCCAUCUCCUACUCGCACACACUGCCACAUCCCCUGUCCCUGAGCCGCUCACUCUCGGCACACAGGAGCCCUGCCACUUAUGCCCAGUCGCUUUCCCUGCUGGGCCCUGCACCCCCUCUGCUGUCUCUGUCCUCCGCCCGAACCCCACCUCCCCCUCUCCCAUCACUGCCCCCGCCGCUGCUCCCUCCCAGCCACCCGCACCAGCCGCCGCUUCCCCCACCACCACCCCCACCGCCCAUCUCGUCCGCACCGCCUGCAUCAAACCCCUCAUCCGCCACCAACAGUGUCACCACCACCUUGCUCCCCAGUGCUUCCCUCAUCCCCACGGCAACGGCAUCAUCCCUCUCCUCUUUGCCAGCUGGCCCCCCUCCUGCCCAGAGGCCCACAGCUUCCUCUGCCGCUUGCACCGCACCGCUGCCCGCCCGGUCCAGCCUGGCGGGUCUCAGCCGGCCCACCCUGCACCGCAUCGCCAUGGCGCAGUCCCGUGCCCUCAUCGCCUCCGGGGUCCCCACUGUCCCAGUGAAGAAUCUUAAUGGUUCCAGCCCCGUACACCCAGCCCUGGCAGGCAUUACAGGUAUCCUGAUGAGCGCAGCAGGUCUCCCCGUAUGUCUGACCCGGCCCCCCAAACUUGUCCUGCAUCCACCCCCUGUCAGCAAGAGUGACAUCAAGCCCAUUCCAGGACUGGGACACUGUUGCCGAAAGACCAGCAAGAAGCAGGCCCGAAAGAGUAGAACUCCAGAAGAGGUGGUAAAGAAGUAUCUGCAGAAGGUCCGUAACCCCCCUGAGGAGGAUUGCACCAUCUGCAUGGAGCCACUAGGUGGCCCCUCGGGUUACAAGGGCCCCAGCGUGGGAGGUGUUUCACGGGGCGAAUCGGUCGGCCGUCUGGCACAGUGUGGACACCAGUACCACCUGCAGUGCCUGGUCGCCAUGUAUAACAACGGCAACCGCGAUGGUAGCCUGCAGUGUCCCACCUGCAAGACCAUCUAUGGCGUGAAGACUGGGAGCCAGCCGCCCGGAAAGAUGGAGUACCACGUCAUCCCCCACUCGCUGCCCGGGCACCCCGACUGCAGGACCAUCCGCAUCAUUUACACCAUCCCGCCUGGCAUCCAGGGCCCUGAGCACCCAAACCCAGGCAAGCCCUUCACUGCCAGAGGCUUUCCUCGACACUGCUACCUCCCCGACAGCGAAAAGGGCCGUAAGGUGCUGCGCCUGCUGCUGGUGGCCUGGGACCGCAGGCUCCUCUUUUCUGUGGGAACCUCCAGCACCACUGGCGAGUCAGACACCGUCAUCUGGAAUGAGAUCCACCACAAGACUGAGUUUGGCUCCAACCUGACUGGCCACGGAUACCCAGACCCAGGGCACCUGGACAAUGUGCUGGAGGAGCUGCGAGCCCAGGGUAUCACAGAGGAGGACAGUCUGCCUCACGACUGAGGCCUGAACACAGCAAGAGCAGGGACGAAGCCCUGCAUUAAAGGAUCCAGUGCCUCAUAUCACAAACACUUCUGUGAUAGAGAGGCAGGUAAAGAUCAGGUGGUGUAACCAAGCAGAAUGACUAGCUCUGCCAGCACCUGGACACAGAAAACGAGACUGCUUAGGUCUGUUAACCAGCAAAAGUGCACGGCAAUGGAAUGUGAAGCUGAGUGAAGGUGAGCGAGCACUAACACUGCCACUAUUUAGACCCUGAUGUGAAUUUGCGUAGUCUGCAGCUGCAAAAGGGGUAAUAAUCCGCGGUGCCAUAAAAAGACACGUGACCUGAAGAGUCCGUUUUUAUCCUGGCACAGCAUGACGUCAGGAUUUUUAUGCCAUCUAGUGGCACUCAUAUCUACAUUCCGUUAAACUAUCGAAUUUAAUGAUUAUUUAAAACAGCAUUAAAUGUGUAAUGCAUUUUCGUUCAUUCGUCUUUGUGUACUUUAACACAUUCAGAUGCAUUUAAUUUGUAACCUUUAAAAAUGUCUCCGAGUAGGCGUGCUUGUGUCUGCUUAUGCAGAAGCGGUAUCGCCCAUACCACGUGAAGCGCCUUGUGUCUGAUGCGCGUGUCCUUAGCAUUUAAUUUCGUCUGAUAGAGAAUAUCGACUAGACCGAAACCGGGUUUGUUAAUCCGGCGAGUUACGACAUAGUUACGGCUUCACGUAUCAAGCCAGAGUUCCAGGCAGUAGGGCACGGUGAGAAGCGAAAUGCUGUUUUUAAAAAAUGUAGGAUUGGACAGGUUGCCAGAGGUAGUAACUGUAGUAGGCGGAAUCGUGGGACAUUGAGACAUCAUUUUUCAGAGAAAAUUGGCGAUUUAAAUAGCACGUCAUAGGAAACUCUAUUAACCAAACACACCCCGUCAGGUUCGUAGCGGUUCUCCGCUUGCGCAUGCGCUCGUGGCUAGUUUAUUAGGGACACCUCAUUAACGCAAUUAAACAACAUGCAGCACACAAGCAGCAUCAGGAGUUUCACCGUAUAAUAUAGCGGGUAUCUAAGCGUGCUGCUUCAGUUACAUACAUGUAGCUCAGACUGAUAAUAUCAGAGGGGAAUUGCCAUACUUGGUAAAACUACAAAAGCUGAAACUGCAAAAAUAUAAAAUAAAUAUAGCAGGUCAGUGCAACAGUUGUCUGCAGAACGGCUUUCCUGAAUGUACAUCUUUUCUACUCCUAAAGCUGUCCUGUACUAGCUAGGUGUAACUAAUAAAGUGGCAGCUGCUUGUGUAUGUCAGCAUUUGACUAAUUCAUAGCCUGUCUGGUUUUGAGCUGCAGUAAAAACGGCGAGUGCGCCGCUGCCCCUUGGAUUGAGUUGCCCCGACAGCCCCUGCCCAGUCUUCCGCGCACCUUUGGCCGUCUGUCCGGUCUCCACGUUGGGUCAAUGAAUGACCUGCUUAUAAACAUGUACUGUUACCUGUGUGUGUAUGCGUGCACAUGCAUAAUAUGUACAUAUAAAUCGAUUUCGUUAUGUAUUGCGCGUAUGUACACUGAUUUAAGAACUUUUUUAAGUACUAAGGAGCAACCUAGCGCUGCCCCCAGUUUUUGUAAACUUGUAUUUUUUUUCCCUGAAAGUUGCUCUUGAAAAUUUCUUCUCUUACCGUUACUGCGAAAGCGCAUUGAAUUCAAACGGUAUAAAAAUAUAUACACGUUAUUUCGUAAUUAUGAUUUAGGCCCACUAUCUCCUAAUUACGAGAAAGUAUCCUGUAAUUAUCAGGAAGAAGUUGCGGGAAAGAAUUUGGAUACCUUCUAUUGUAAUUAUGAAUUACUACCUCGUAAAUACAAAAUAUUUUCCUGAGAUAGUAAAUCAUAAUUACAAAAUAAGGUGUCUAUUUUUUUUUUCAUGUGACUUCAGUGCGUUUUCGUAUUUUCCAGUAUUUACUCUCCUUUCCAUUUUGUGCCUGGUUUUAUACAGUUAUUGGUCAUUUUGUUUUUAAAUCAUAUGAUCGUAAAUGUAUGACUUGUGUAUACAUCGUGUACAAAGCAGUUGCGUGUAUGUCUCUUUUUACGUUAAGUUUAAAGGUACAAUUCGUGAUUAGUGCAUUUACUUUUCAGAAAUCGGUUAUAUACGAGAAUGUUUUAAUUGAUAUACAAUGAAAAUGAACAAAAUAGAAAACAGUGUAAAUAACGAUGAAAUAUUCAUUAAACAAUUCGAAUUCCG